AAAUGACUGGUAGGGACCUCUAUCUAUCUAGACGUCCACUAAUCAAUGCUCGUAUAGACAACGAAGUUUCUUCUUUUAUGUUUUCUUCUCUGUCUCUCUCUUCUAGGGUUUUUGCUCUCCCUUGCUGUAAGUAAGUGGGAAACGCUGCUCUGCGAAAGGUUACGAUUCGAGCUACACCCAACCAUGCCUCGGUAUUACUGUGAUUACUGUGACACCUACUUGACCCACGACUCUCCAUCUGUAAGAAAGCAGCACAAUGCAGGUUACAAGCAUAAGGCAAAUGUUCGGACAUACUAUCAGCAAUUUGAGGAACAACAGACACAAAGCUUGAUCGACCAGAGGAUUAAAGAACAUCUUGGGCAAGCUGCAGCAUUUCAGCAGGUUGGUGCUGCUUUUAAUCAGCAUCUAAUGGGUCAGAGGCCCCGACUUCCUGUUCUCCCUACACCCAUGAUGCCACAGUUACCUGGAAAUUCACCGCUACUCCCAGGGAUUAGGCCUCCUGUUUUGCCCAGACCAGUUCCUGGAGCUCCAGGGUAUGCAUCUUCUCCUACAAUGGCGCCUAUGAUGGCUCCACCUGGUGCUCCUUCCUUACCUGGUCAGUUGAAUGCCAUUCCUAGGCCUCCUCUGAGUGCAACAACGGUUCCUGGAAGCACAGCAGCAACCGCUUCCAAUGGUGCCCCGCCUAUGGCAACACUGCCAUUUUAUCAGGCCAAUCCAGUGGUAUCAACAAGUGGAGGCUAUGAUAGUCUCAAUUCCAAUGCCCAAGCUCCUGAGGCUAACCAUUAGCCUUCACAAACUGGCAAACAAAGCAAGCCAAGAAAUUCUUCUGGUGCAACACCUGUAUUUGGGAUUUAAAAGUCACUUGGUCUCUCAUGAUUCCACCUUUUUAGUGUCCAUUAAGAUCUUGUCACUUGAUGCUGGAUGUAGAGAAUGGAUGCGGUCUAAUUUUUGUGUACAUUAUAUGCUGUGGAUAUGGAUACAAAUCUUGAGUUUGCCACUGGGAAAGUUCGGUUUGCCUCGAAUUAUAAUCUCAUUUAACUUAGUUCUUAUUCCGUGGCAGAUAUUUUUUGCUUGAAAUAUGAAUUUGGAAACAAAUGUACGAGCAAGUAUUAGAUGAAGGAUGGGAUAUAUUUUCUGGCCAACCCAUAUUGUAGUUAUGUGUAGCUUCCUUCUCUACCCUCGUCCCGGUAAGUUAAAAUAAAUUUUGCAGGACCACUUCCUUGGAAUGGACACUAGGGCUUGAAGAUAAAUAGACUCCAGCAAGAUCCUUGCUCAUACUCUAUGGCUUUGAUAUUUAAAGAUCUGUAAUAGAUUGGAAGAACAGUGAUAUUCUUUAUGGAAUAGAAGCAAGGUGGGCGUGUUUAACUCUGAACCUUUAUAUAUUUAUUUUGGACUGCAUUUUUUAAAAAAUAAAAAGAACCCUAACUGGGUUUUGGUGCG